CUGGUACCCUGAUUAGGGUUUUAGAUAUAAGAAUCCCAUUUUCCCCUAUAACAGUGGCUGCUUAUACCUCUGUUCUUCCCCAAUUACAACCAAAGUUGCUGAAUCAAAUUGAGGAAUCAAGAUGGAUAAGAGUAUGAUCGGAGACUUGGAUUCACUUCCUGAAGCAGAUAAGAUCAGAAUGGCAGCCAUGAUUGAGCAGCUCCAAGUUCGUGACAGCUUGAGAAUGUAUAAUUCUCUGGUCGAAAGAUGUUUCACGGACUGUGUAGACAGUUUCAAACGCAAAACUUUAGACAAACAAGAGGAGACCUGUGUCCGACGAUGUGCUGAGAAGUUCUUGAAGCAUUCUAUGCGUGUAGGACUGAGAUUUGCAGAGCUUAACCAAGGUGCACCAACACCAGACUAAGACGCUUCUGUUAUGUGCCUGCAAUUCAAUUUCUCAUUAUUGUUUAUUGUGGGUUAAUCAACAAGGACAAGUAGUGGAAGUUCCUUAUUUUGGAAAGUCAACAGCUCUCCUCGUUGUUAUUGGUAAAAUGUACUUCUACAGUUAAAUUAUUAGAAACUUGAAUAGUAGAACUGGAUCCUGUAACUGAUUGCAGGCCACUUGCUGUUACGAUAGCAUUCUUUUGUUGUGACGUUCUAGUAAAAUAAUGUGGUAUUCAACUUCAUCAAGGAGAUAUAUCUGUUGCCUUUUCUGUUAUGAUAACAAUUUUUGAACUUGAAGUUGAGAAAUGGAUUUUUGCUGAAAUGAUUAA